AUAUUCGAUUGGUAUUAAGGAUUUACAAUUCAUUUUGAAUAAGAAAACAUAUAACGUAUAAAGUAACGAAACUUUUAUUAUAAUAAAAAUAUUUAAUAUUAUUUGUCUUUAUUUUUUAAAGUUAUUUUUUAUAUUUAUUUUAAUUUAAUUAAAUUUUAAUUAAGUUUGAAUUAAUAUUUAAAGAAUGGUAAGAACAAAAGCAGAUCGUGUUCCUACAAAAGCUGUUGGUAGCAAAGCACCACAUAAAUCUGUAAAAAAUACAUCAGUCAAAAAAACAAGUGGUAAAGGAAAGAAUUAUUCAGGUGGUAAUCCAUAUCAUCCAAGAGAAACUCCAGAAUGGCAAAAACCUAUUACAUGUUUCCUCAAUCAAAAUUUUUUGAAAGAAUCUGCUGAUGUUUCAGAAAUUCAGGAUGGUGGUGAAGGGACUAGUAAAGAAGUAAAAAAUGAAUCGGAUUAAAAAUGUAUAAUAAUGUUAUUAUUAUCCAAUUAUAAUAUCAUAUUAUUAUUUGUCAUUAAAAAAGAUUAUUUAUUUUUCAUAAAAGUAAUGAAAAUAAUUAUUUUAUAUUUUAUUUUUAAAUAAUAA